AUGUACACAAUGCAUCGACGACCCGAUCUAUAUGGCAUGGAUGCCGAGCUCUUCCGUCCUGAAAGAUGGGACGAGCAGAUGGCGUUGAGCCAGAACGAGACAGAUUCGAAAUGGGGGUAUUUGCCUUUCAAUGGUGGGCCAAGGAUAUGUCUCGGAAUGGACUUUGCGCUCACUGAAGCGGCGUACACCAUUGUAAGGAUUAUACAGAAGUUUCCAACGAUUAAAUUGCCUGAGGGUGAGCCUGUAGAGCUGGUGGGAGUUGAAAAGCAGAAAAUUACGAUGGUAAUGUCCAUAACAGGCGGGUGUAAUGUUGAGCUGCGACAAUAG